ACUUCAUUAACUUCUUACGCUCCGCUGCACCAGGAUGUCCAAGCACAUGGACACGCUGCUGAAAGGCAGAGAUGACAAGCUGAGCAGCAUCAGCAAGGCCAUCAACUCGACUGAGACGCCUGUGAAGGAGAAACAUGCACGACGAAUCAUCCUGGGGACUCACAGGGAGAAGGGAGCCUACACCUUCUGGUCCUACGCUCUGGGCUUCCCGUUGGCCAGCAGCUCCAUCCUGAGCUGGAAGUUCUGUCACGUACUGCACAAAGUCCUGCGGGACGGACACCGCAAUGUUCUACAAGACUGCAUGAGGCAUCACAGUUCUUUAGUUGAAAUUGGGAAACUAUGGAGCAACCUCCAUGACAAAUACGGACAGCUGGUGGCUCUGUAUACCAAGCUGCUCUGCACAAAAAUGGAGUUUCACGUGAAGCAUUCAGAAAUCCCACCGAACCUGGAGGCCUCAGACGAAGUCCUGGAGCGCACAGCAGGAACUGACAUUAAUAAUGUGUUCCAGCUCACAGUGGAGGUGUUUGAUUACCUAGAUGCAGAGCUGAGGCUGGCUGAGACAGUGAUCCGACAGCUCAACACCUCCAUCGCCAUCUCCACCCUCACAUCAGGCCAGUGUCGGCUGGCUCCACUCAUCCAAGUUAUCCAGGACUGUAGUCACCUCUACCACUUCACCGUGAAGCUGCUGUUCAAGCUGCACGCCUGUCUCCCUGCUGACACUUUACAAGGACACCGUGAUCGUUUCCAUGACCAGUUCCACAGCCUUAAGACUUUCUUCAAUAAAGCCAGAGACAUGCUGUUCUUCAAGAGACUGAUCCAGAUCCCCAAACUGCCUGAUUCCCCACCUAACUUCCUGCACGCUGCCUCAUUGGCCAAGCACGUGAAGCCAGUGGUAGUCAUCCCUGAUGAGUACGAGCCGGAGCAACAAGACGACGACGAUGACGAACCCGAGCCGCUCAUUGAGAUUAGCGACAACUCAUCACCCAUCGUACAGGCACAGCCACUGCAACCGGACAUAUUUGAUCAGACGUUUGGACCACCAAAUGGAGGCUUCGAUGACAGAGAUCUCCAGAUUGAGAGCCUGAAACGGGACCUGGAGUUGUUGAGAGCAGAACUGGAGAGAGUCAAAGCAGAGGCUCAGCGUUACAUCACACAGCUGAAGUCUCAGAUUAACAGUUUGGAGUCGGAGCUAGAAGAACAGCGUGCACAGAAACAACAUGCUCUUGUGGAAAAUGAACAACUGCGAAUGGAGUUGGAGGCUACGCGUCGCCGAAACGCGGAACAUGAGAGUACACAAGCUGUCUUCAUUGAAGCAGAAAAAAGAGCGCAGGCCACUGAGCAGCGGUACAAUAAGCUGAAGGAGAAGCACACAGAGCUGGUGGCCAGCCACGCUGAACUACUGAGGAAGAGUGCAGACACUGUGAAGAUGCUAUCAGCAACCCAGCAGACCCAGGACGAGGUGGAGAGGACCAAACAGCAGCUGUCCUUUGAGGUUGAUCGAAUCAAACAGGAAGCUGACAUGAAGCUGGAAGAGCAAAAGUUUGAAAUGGAGAAGCUGAAGAGAGAGCUGGAGGAGAAGAUGGCUGAAAUCAUGCGCAUCCAAGGGACUCUGCAGAGCAGCGAGAAGACGUCGGAGCAAAUGAACAGCUCGGUAAAGGGUCUGCAGGCGGAGAAGGAGCGCCUGAUGCGGUCUGUGAGUGAGAAGGAGGCGGAGCUGUCGUCUCUGCGGCAGUCUGCGCAGGCGCAGCAGUCGUCACUUCAGCAGGAGCGAGAGAGGAGCAGCAGGGAGCUGGGAGAGCUGCAGGGCAAACUGCAGGAGAGGGCGAGUCAGGAGGAGCAGCUGAAGAAGAAGCUUCUGGAGGAGCAGUUUGCUCUGCUGCAGGGUACCGUCACAGAGGCUGAGAGCAUCAUCCAAGAUGCUGUUGCUAAACUGGAUGAUCCCCUUCAUAUACGCUGCACCAGCUCUCCAGAUUACCUCAUAAGUCGGGCGGAGGCCACACUGGGCUCCGUAGACAAAGUGAAAAAGGGCCAAGCAGAUUAUCUGAGUAACAUGGGGGAUGCUGGAGGGCUGCUGAGGGCUCUGACUCAGUUCUCCCACUUGGCUGCGGAUACAAUCAUCAACGGCAGUGCCACCGCACACAUGGCACCCACUGACCAUGCAGACCGACUGACAGAGAACUGCAGAGGUGCUGCCACUGAGAGUCUGCAGUACUUAAAGGACCUUAAGUCCAAGACCACCCUCCAGAGGGCAGACCCGGCCUCUAUUCGCGUGGUCAUCCAAAAAAUCCUGCACUUGGGACAGGAGCUGCGGCCAAAAGGCAUGGAUGUCCGCCAGGAUGAGCUCGGAGAUCUGGUCGAUAAAGAAAUGGCUGCAACAUCAGCUGCUAUCGAGGAGGCAGUCCGCAGGAUUGAUGAAAUGAUGAAUCAGGCACGAAAGGACACAACAGGAAUGAAACUGGAGGUCAAUGAAAGAAUCCUAAACAGCUGCACGGACCUGAUGAAGGCCAUCCGCAUGCUGAUCAUUGCUUCCACAGACUUGCAGAAGGAGAUUGUCGAGGGUGGGAGGGGCGCAGCCAGCAUCAAGGAGUUCUACGCCAGAAACUCUCGCUGGACAGAGGGACUCAUCUCUGCUGCUAAGGCUGUGGGGUGGGGAGCCACAGAGAUGGUGGAGUCAGCUGAUAAGGUGGUGCUGCACACAGGAAAAUACGAAGAGUUGAUUGUCUGCUCCCACGAGAUUGCUGCCAGCACGGCCCAGCUGGUGGCUGCCUCAAAGGUAAAGGCAGACCGCGGCAGUAAGAGGCUGUCAGUUCUCCAGCAGGCUUCUCGCCUUGUGAAUGAAAUGGCAGCUAAUGUGGUGGGCUCAACAAGAACGGGGCAGGAGCACCUGGAGGAAAAAGAAACCAUGGACUUCUCUGGGAUGUCCCUCAUCAAGCUGAGAAAAGAAGAAAUGGAGUCACAGGUGAAGGUGCUGGAAUUAGAAAGUCAGCUGGAGAAUGAGCGUCUGCGUUUGGGCGAUCUGAGGAAGAAGCACUACGAAAUAGCUGGAGUUCCUCCAGAGCAAGGUUCUGAGGGGAACGGUGAAACUUCCUCAAUGCCCAAUCCUGCCACCAUGUCACCAAAACCCAGUAAGCCUGCUCUCAUGAAGAAACCUGCGCUGGCCCAGAAACCCAAUGUACCACUCAAAUCUACGUUCAAGUAAUGCCUGAGCAGAAGAGGAAAAUGCUCCACUAAUGGAUGGUUGGAUUGUCCAGAUAAGGACCCCAUUUUUUCGAACAUCCAGUUCCUUUAAGUUGCAUGCUGACAAUCCUUUGCCUCAUCCUGCUUCUCAAUGUUUUCUUUUCUUCCUUUUCUUUUUUUUUCUUUUGCCAAAAAUUGACCAGAAGCCUGAUCUUUGACCCUUGAGGCCUGUAAGGGAUAUGAUGUCUUUGCCCCUUUUUUAAAAGAUACAUACACAUGGCAUCCAGGCGGAACGCUCUUUAUUUUAGUAUUUGGCAUCAAGAACUAAAGGGUUAAUAUUAUGUUUUUAGGUUGUGUGAAAGUAUUUUUUUUCUGCAUUACAAAAUUUUAACAUGAUUAAGUGCUUCUUCUGCUUUACGAAUAAAAAUCUUAAUGAUGACCACAAAUCGACAGUAUAACUUGUAUCACAAUAGUUAGUUUUCAUUAUGCUUUGGACAACCUUUUUGCACAGAAUUUUGGACGUGCAGAGCACAUCACAUUUUUCUUCGUGUUCACUGUGCUAUUUAUGUUGUGGUGGGCAGUAAUGGACACUGGGGAAUCACAGUUUGUGUGUGUCCAUGUUGCAAAAGUUUUACAUACCUCUGGCUUUGCCUUCAUAAUGGAAACUUUUCUGGUAUGAGCAAAACAGCUUUCUUUUUUAACAGUACAAGAUUGUCUCAGAGGCCUUGGAAUGUACUGUACUAAUGCAUUGAAUCAUACCUGUAAAGACAUACAGUCUGUAUAGGAAUGUGCCACUCGCACUAAGUAUAAUUUAUAAUCUACACUCAUGAGUGUCCCUUUAUUAGAGGAGAACCUGGAUAUUAUGUUAGAGCAUAUAAAUACACUUAAUGCUUGCAUACAAAUAUUGGAUGUAGGUGUCCUUAUUUUUCAAAUGCUUAUUUUAGGUUGAAUGAAGAUUUAGGGUUAGUUCAUGUACAAUAUAAAGGUGUUCAAGUUCUCUUUGCCUCUGGGAGCUUUUCAUACAGGGUCUUAAAAUGCAUCUUUUUAUGUUCUGUCCUUUCGUCUGUACGAAAUGUCUUUAUACACUCAGAUCUAUUAAUAUAUUUUAGUAAAGAUGAUAGUGGUUUCUCCUUGUAAGAAGUGUAAAUGUCAAACAAAUGAACAAUAAAUGUUUGAUUUAAUGUCC